AUGCUGCGCAGAUCGGUGUUGUCUCUCGCACGGCGACAGCUCUCAGCAAUGGCCUUGCAAACACCAAUGGAAGACGCCAUGCGCACAAAGAUCACCGAAGCCCUCAAGCCCUCGACACUCGAAAUCCAUAACGAUUCCCACCUGCACUCACACCACAAAGCCAUGGCAGGCUCGACGUCUCAAGAAACACACUUUCGAGUCGUCAUUACGAGCGAGGCCUUCAAGAGUAAGAUGCAGCCAGCGCGGCACCGGAUGGUUUAUGCAUUGUUGAAAGAGGAGAUGGCAAGGGAGGGGGGCAUUCAUGCGUUACAAUUGCGGACCAGGACAUUGGAGGAGGAACAGAAGCAAGCGGAGCGCGACUCCACAAGGAAGGGCGAGGGGGUUGACGCCAAGGUUGACGUUGCCUAG